UUUUACACAUUUUCUCAUCAAUUUUUACAAAGAAUGCUUCGAUUUCCCAUUGUUUGGAUAAGUGUAUCCUGGUUACUAACAUUGUCCAUUGGUCGUGCAAUUGGUCUGUACGAAACGCCACCUCACAUCAUCGUGUUUAUGGCCGAUGAUUUGGGAUGGAACGACGUUGGUUUUCAUGGAUCGUAUCAAAUACCAACCCCCAACAUUGACGCGCUUGGAUAUAAUGGGAUUAUAUUAAACAGACAUUAUGUACUGCCAUCAAGUACACCGUCUAGAACAGCCUUUUUCACGGGACUUUACCCGAUACGUAUUGGGAUGCAAGGAGAUGGAAUUCGCGGUGGCGAACCGCGUGGUCUUCCGUUGCACAUCAAAAUUUUGCCGGAAUAUUUACGAGGCUUAGGAUACACAACGAAAUUAAUUGGAAAAUGGCACAUGGGUUAUCAUACACCUCAAUACACACCCUUACACAGAGGUUUCGAUACAUUCCUUGGUUUUUACAACAGCCAUAUCUCUUAUUACGAUUACAGAUAUUCGAAUCAGAAUAUGAGCGGAUACGACAUGCAUCGCGGGGAUGACCCGGCCCACGGGAUCAAUCGCGAGUACGCCACAGAUUUGUUCACCGAAGAAGCAAUUAGGAUCAUUGAAAAUCACGAACUUCCGAGGCCUCUUUAUCUUCAGAUUUCUCAUCUCGCGGUGCACGCUCCUUUGGAACAACCCGCGGACGAGUACAACGACAACGAGGAGAUACAAAUUCGCGAGCCAAAUCGUCGAAAAUAUGCAAAAAUGGUGUCGAGAUUAGACGAUUCGGUUGGACGCAUAGUGCACGCGUUAGGCGAUAAAGCAAUGCUUAGGGACUCGCUGAUCCUGUUCCUCACCGAUAAUGGAGCUGCGUCGAUCGGUAGAUACAGAAAUUGGGGCUCGAACUAUCCCUUGAGAGGGACAAAAUACACUUUAUACGAGGGCGGUGUGAGAGGCGUGGCAGUAUUAUGGUCAACAAGAUUGCAAAAAGCAGCCCGCGUUUCUAAUCAAUUGGUGCACAUAUCAGAUUGGUUGCCGACACUUUACUCAGCAGCCGGUGGUGAUCUGAAGGAUCUAGAUGAGAUCGAUGGGAUCGAUCAAUGGCGUGUCCUCAGCGAAGGAUACGGACGUGGCAGAGACACACUUUUGCUAAAUAUCGAUGAACUCGCGAAAACCGAGGGAGCAAUAUACAGCAGAUUCAAAUUGUUGCGAGGUUCUGUCGACAACGGUUACUACGACGGGUAUUACGGCGAUUCUGGAAGAACGUUGGAGACACCACCGUACACGGAGAACGUGUUGAAAAGUUCCGUAUCUCAAAGCAUCACCUAUCAUCUGGGUGGUCCAGUGACACAACCGAGCACAAUGCUACAAUUACGACAGGACGCAACGGUCCAGUGUCGUCCGAAUAUAUCGUAUUAUCAUAGACAUGUGUUCACAACUUGCAACGUUACGGAAUGUCUGUUCGAUAUAGUGAACGAUCCAUGCGAAACAAGAAACAUCGCCGAGGCAUAUCAUAGAAUUGCUAGAGAUUUGGAUCUUUAUCUAGAACAUUACAGUCACAUUUUAAUGAAGCAAUCGAGAGUAUCUGUCGAUUGGUUGGCCGAUCCAAGGAGAAGAAAUAAUACGUGGGAACCGUGGAUGAAUUCAGGUGCUGCGGUAUACGUUCCUAACACCGCAGCAGUACUUGGAAAUCUAGUGUACUGCGUUCACAUUUCGAUCAUUUUUGUUUCGAUGUUGUUCAACACUUUCAUUUGA